UGUUCAACUUCAUCCCUGCUUCUUUCUUCUUCUUUCUUUCCUCUCACUCUCACUAGUUGAUACCUUCAUUGACCAUCAAUUACAUUCACAAUGUUUGCGCGUCAAGCUUUCAGGUGCUCGCAGCCCUUCAAGCAGGGCCUCCGCAAGUACUCAACUGAGGCCCCCAAGGGCAAGUCGUUGACUCCCGUUUAUGUUACUGUCGGUCUCGCGGGUGCCGGUAUUGGAUUCUACCGCUACAGCACCGGUGCUGCUACCGCUGAGGCCCCCCGCCAGAAGGUUUUCGUUGGUGGUGACCAAGGAUGGGUUGACCUAAAACUCGCGGAAGUUGAGACUCUGAGCCACAACACCAAGCGUUUCCGUUUUGAGUUCGAGGACAAGGAAGCUGUUUCUGGUCUGCAAGUUGCUUCUGCUCUUUUGGCCAAGUUCAAGCCUGCAGGUGCUGAGAAGCCCGUUAUCCGUCCUUACACCCCCACUAACGAUGAAGAGGAACCCGGCCAGCUCGAGCUUGUCAUCAAGGCUUACCCCAACGGCCCCAUGUCGGAGCACUUCCAUAGCAUGAAUGUCGGCCAGCGCAUGGAAUUCAAGGGCCCUCUUCCCAAGUACCCCUGGGAGGCUAACAAGCACGACCACAUCGCCUUGAUCGCCGGUGGUACGGGUAUCACUCCCAUGUACCAGUUGGCUCGUCAGAUUUUCAAGAACCCCGACGACAAGACCAAGGUUACUCUGGUGUUUGGCAACGUCAGUGAGGACGACAUUCUCCUGAAGAAGGAGCUCUCGGAUCUGGAGAACACUUACCCCCAGCGCUUCAAGGCCUUCUACGUUCUGGACAACCCUCCCAAGGGCUGGACCGGUGGCAAGGGCUACAUCAACAAGGACCUGCUGAAGACGGUUCUCCCCGAGCCCAAGGAGGGCAACAUCAAGCUCUUCGUCUGCGGACCUCCCGGUUUGUACAAGGCCAUCAGUGGCACCAAGGUCAGCCCCAAGGAUCAAGGCGAAUUGGAUGGUGUUCUGAAGGAGCUGGGAUAUAACAAGGAUCAGGUCUUCAAGUUCUAAGCGAAUUCAGUACGUUUCAUGGUUAUGUGACAUAGAAGCAUGAUGUUGCCAAAUAAAAAGAAAGCAUUGUUUUUGAACGGGUAUGCGCCUGUGAAGUUGUACUAUAGUGAUCCGAUAUGACGCUGGAUGCGACAGUGUUUCAAUUGAUAUCCCUUGAUUUUCAAUCAUCUAGUCUUCGUGCAUAUUUUAAAACCUACUGUAUCUACCAAAGCUCCC